AUGGCGCAGUUCAGGUACUUGAAUGAAAUGAACAGCUUGAUUGCAAUGGACGGCGAAAUUACGAAAGGACCUGUCCCACGCUGGCAAAAAAAGCUUGAUUUAUCAGCUACAUCUUCAAGUUUUAACACCAGCGCACUGGCAAAUACUUCUGCACGUCAGAAGUUAUCCAUUUCUUUAUCUGGUAAUGCAAACAAUACCCUCCAUUUGUCGUCUAACAACAUAGCAUCAAAGACGCCGCGAAAGAAUGGCGGAAAGACAACGGCGUCCUCGGCUAAAAAAACAUCACAAACUCCUAGUAAGGCAGGUGGUAGCGUUGUUCAAAAUCAACCUGGCGGAGGAGAUCGUUUCAUUCCGAGCAGAACAGCAACAGACUUCAACCUGGGUGCUUAUAUCGUUAAGCAAGGCACUGGCGGUAGCGAUGAAGAAACAGAAAACGAAGAAGCAGGAGGAGGAAGUGUUGCGAACCCUUCAAGCCCUAAGCGCGAAAAUGAACGGAUGAAGAAUCUGACGGAGGCGAUUCGUGCAUGUGAUGUUAGUAACAAGCGGCUGCUAUCUUACCGGAUUAAGGCCCCCGCACCACCUGAAGGACAUGUAAACCCACUGAAAGCAAUAUACUCCGUCAAGACACCUAUGUCCACGAAGAGCGGCAGCCGUUAUAUCCCGAAUGCGCCGGAACGGAUCCUUGACGCGCCCGAGAUCAUGAACGACUAUUAUCUGAACUUGAUGGAUUGGAGCCUGGACAACGUGAUAGCCGUAGCUUUGGGAGCUUCCGUGUACCUCUGGAAUGCAGCAACCGGUACCAUCGAAAUGCUAUUUGAAAACGAAGGAAACGAUCACGCUUGUUCGCUGAGUUGGAUCCACGAGGGGCACAUACUGGCAGUGGGUACAAGUGCAGGAACAGUGGAGUUGUGGGAUUGUGAACACGUCAAGCGACUACGCGUAAUGAAUGGUCAUUCGGCGCGAGUUGGCGUUCUCGCUUGGAACUCGUACGUUCUGUGUUCGGGUAGUCGCGAUGGCACGAUCGUGAAUCAUGAUGUACGCACACGCCAGCACAAUAUCGGUGUCAUGCAAGGGCAUACGCAGGAGGUUUGCGGUCUGAAAUGGUCUCCUGAUGGUAAAUAUCUCGCCAGUGGUGGAAACGACAACCUAGUGCAUGUUUGGUCUGCAGCCAACGGAGCACCGCAUGCUACUGCCGAACCGUUACACGUGUUCAAUCAGCACCAGGCAGCCAUUCGCGCACUAGCCUGGUGUCCAUGGCAACCGAACAUUCUCGCCACCGGAGGUGGUACAGCCGAUAGAACUAUAAAAUUCUGGAACGCGGUAAACGGUCAGUUACUCAACUCGGUGGACACCAAGUCGCAAGUGUGUGGACUAUUAUUUUCGAAGACCUACAAGGAAAUAAUAUCCGCUCAUGGGUACGUGAAUAAUCAGCUGUCUAUCUGGAAGUAUCCCUCAAUGACGAAGCAGGUCGAUUUGUUGGGGCACACGGGUCGUGUGUUGCAAAUCGCCAUGUCGCCAGAUGGAAGCACUGUCAUGAGUGCAGGGGCCGACGAAACAUUGCGUCUUUGGAACUGUUUCGCUCCAGAUCCGCUCAUGACGAAGAAAGAGAAGUCUGGUAUUCGGGAAAAGCCAAGUUUGCUGAAGCAAAGUAUGCGAUAG